AUAUAGGUAGAGGAUCCACAAAAUCUAUACUUUUUGUAACUUUAGCCCACUAUAUAUUCAUCAUUUUACACAACCACAAUUCCACAUCCUACUCUAUCCACUCCUCCUACAACAAUAAUAUUCUCUCUCUUUUCCUUUAGCAAAAACAUCCAAAAUUUAAACAUGUUUUCUUCAACUUCUUUAUCUUCUAUUCCCCAAGAAAUCAUUACUAGCGUUCAUUAUUCUAGAAGAUUACUACUUCACUCCCCAUUCCACCCUUCACCACCUACAAUAGAAGCACCAACACCAACCUACCAAGUCCUAGACCCGAAUUCGAGCCAUGCCAACCCCGGCUUUGAUGCUAACAUAGUCAUGAUCCUCGCGGUCUUGAUAUGUGCGUUGAUAUGUUCGUUUUGUAUAAACGCCAUCAUUAGGUUUGUGAUCAAGUACUCAAGUAUGAUUAUUGGAGAGUCUAAUUACCACCUAAACCAUGAUCAAAAGAAGAAAUGUAAUGGCUUAGACAAAAGAGCAUUAAAGACAUUUCCAGUGGUAAAAUACUCAACUGAAGUGGAAAUUCAAGGGCUGGGUACUGAGUGUGUGAUAUGUUUGUCAGAGUUUAAGGGUGGUGAAAAAGUUAGGAUAUUACCAAAAUGCCAUCAUGGUUUUCAUGUUAAGUGUAUUGAUAAAUGGCUUGGUUCAAACUCCUCUUGCCCUACUUGUAGGCAAUCUUUAGUUGAAACUUGUAACAAGAUUAUUGGUUGUGGUGAUGAUCAUCAAACUACCUCAUCGUCGGAAUCAUCAUCGUUGUCAACAACAACAACGACGACGACAACAACAUCAACAAGUGACAUGGUUGUAGUGAGUAUUGUGCCACUUGAAAGGGAAGAUUUGGUGCGAGAUUACAGGAGUGAAGUUGCUCAAAGUUAGCCAAAUUCUAGUAGUACUUUUGUAGGAUUUUCCUGAUUUUAACAAUUUUUUUAAUUUAUUAGUAGUGCACAUGAUAGAUAUUUCGGAGCGAGUAAUUAUUAAUACUAGUAAUUAAAAAUUUUAAAGUUCUAUGCUAUGGCAAUUUGAUAUGUCAGCAAUUUACGUAAAUCAAUUGUCUAUAUUAUUGGAUUAAUCCUUUUUCGAAAGCAUCUUCAGUGAUUAACUAAGAUGGACCACUUAUUACUUGACUUGUCAAUUGUCAUAUCCACAUUUCUAGCUAC